GUAUAAAACUGUUUUAUAAUGUGGAAGGCCUUACACAUAAUGGAAGGACAGAAUGCACUGAAAUUCUGAAAAGGGGAUACUUGUUAGGAGUUUUACCAGGUGGAGCCCGAGAAGCACUCUUUAGUGAUGAGAACUAUGACUUUUUAUGGGGUAGCCGCACAGGGUUUGCUCAUGUGGCUAGAGAUGCAAAAGUGCCUGUCAUUCCUAUGUUUACAAAAAAUCUACGGGAAGGAUACAGAACACUUGGGAAAAUAUGGCCAUUCAAAUGGCUGUAUGAACGUACCCGAUGGCCAAUUGUUCCUGUUUAUGGUGGAUUCCCUGUGAAAUUUUGCACAUAUGUAGGAGAUCCCAUUCCUUAUGAUCCAAAUAUAUCAGCUGAAGAAUUAGCUGAAAAGACUAAAAGUGCAAUAAAAGAUCUCAGAGAUAAACACCAAGAAAUACCAGGUAGCAUACAAAGAGCAUUACUGGAACGGUUUGAGAAACACCCUGAGAAAUAA